UUGUUGUGGAGGAAAUAGGAGAAGCUGUUAUUUGUGCAAAAAACAAAUUACCGGAGUAUUGACUAAUGUCUCAAUUAUAGUUAUAUACUAUUCAUCAUUUGGCAAUUUUCUGCAAAGUAGAUAGAUAUUCACCAUGGGAAAUAUCAUAGCUGACUUUGAAAUCAACGAGGUUGAAGAAAGGGAUAUACAACAGGUUGAAAGUGAACUAACAGCGAUCAAAGGGACUGAUAUAGACAAGGUAUCGAGAAGGGUAAGUCCGAGCUCCUCGCUGGAAAAUUAUGUGGACACCAGGGAUUAUACAGAGUCUAACUUGUCAUCUCCGACUGAAUAUCACAGUGCUAGGAAUUCUGAGCAUUUUCCAUUCACAGACUCGGAUGUGAGUGAUAUUGAGUCUGAGGAUCUUGGGAUGUCACAUGGCGUAGAGGAUAAGUCUGCGGGAAAUAAUGGGAACCUGUUCAGUACUGGAUCUGAGAUGAGUGGGGAGGUUCCUGAAAAUUGUCAAGUGUGUCAUGAGGACAUGUAUGAUUACUUAAACCCUGAUGACCUUUCAAACACAGGGUCAGAGGUUAGCGAUUUUGACAGUGAUUUUGACUUUGACACUACAUCUGCUCAGGAUAAGACACAAGGACAUGCAAAAACAUCUGCUAGUUCUGACUCAGAUCCUACCAUAGAAAAUAUCUCUAGCCAGAGUGUCUCAGAUGCAGACAAUACUCCAAAUAAACAGGACUCACCCUCAGUGUUAGUAUUGGGGAAAAAACCUGCCGAAGAGCUCAUCAUGGGAGGUAACUCUACUAUGAAUGAUACAUGUGGUGGUUAUUGCAAUUCAGCAGAAAAGUCACAGAGAAAAAAUGUGAGUAGUAAUGAGAACAAUGCCCCUACUGAUCAAAGCCAGGGAAAUAGUACUAACAAGAUCGAGGGUUUGGUUGUGAAUGCUGAUGGUAGUGUUGCUGAUGACAAGUUGUGCAGUACUGAGGCAGAUGUCAGAGUUAAUACUGAGAAUUUGUCGUCUCGUGACUGUUCCAGUGGCCGUGACAUACAGUGGGACAGGACUAUAAUCAUGGAGGAUGGGAGGUCUCCUCCAAAUGAAAAUACGGGAACAUUAUCCUCGAAAACUUCUAUGAUUGAAUCACAAUGUGACAAAGGGAACUUCAAUGAAGAUGAAUCUAAUUGUGAACAUGGGAACGUUAACAAUGACAUUUAUCCAGAAAAUGAAUACGAGCCUGAAAGGUCAGAAUCGUCUGUUUUCAGAAAAUUAGGACAGGGUAAAAAUGUGGACCAGGGAAAAUUAGUCAAUGUUCAAAGUGACCAAGAAACGGAGAAAGAAGGCUUAAUGAAACCCAUUCAAAAUUCCCCAACCGGUGAGAAUGAGCCGCUCUCUAAUGCUAUUGUGAAAGAGAACAUAGAUGAAUACCCACAAAUAGUUCAGGAUAUUAUUAAAAACCAUCUCAGAUUUGUGGAUAUACUAACAAAAUAUGAGCAGUUCUGUAGUUCAAAAUUGGAUUUGUUUAAUGCUUUAGAAAUUCAUCACCAGGAAACAGAUGCCCUUAAUGAGGGCUUAUCAGGGAUGAAUUCCAAUGGUGGUGGGGCCACCUCAGGCCCGGGGCCAGGAGGAGGGCAAAGGCCAAAUAGCCCUAGAAGUCCAGGAUUCUACAAACAUCGAAAUUUAGAUGCCCCUAAAACUAUAAUGGAUGUGGAUUAUAAACUUCUUAAUUCAGGAAUAGCAGUUCUUCCAGGGAGUCGAGAUACGGAGGAGCGUCCAGUCGUGUUCAUCUUUACCAAUAGUUCCUUGUGGCAGAACCAACAGGUGCCCAGUACAGAGUUAGCCAGACUCUUGAUGUAUUACAGGACUGUACCCAGGGAGGAAAUUCGUAUGAGAGGGGUAACCAUUGUAGCAGUGAUACAGGGUGCAACUACUUCCAUUAUCAAUACUUUACUGGAGAGUCUAUACUUAUUUGAGGGGAACUGUCCUGGUGGUAUCGCUGUGUUACAUUUCCUGGCAGAUGCCUAUACUCAACCAUUACUUCAGAUGUCACCUGUAUUUGACUCCCAGACACCAUUUAAGCUGGAUGUUCUUCUAGCCCCCGAGUUACUACAAGAGUUCAUUCCCUUGGACCAACUUCCAUUAGAUUUAGAUGGUCUUUACAUGUAUAAUCAUGAGGAGUGGAUCCGAUUUCAUGUGGAAUUGGAUCCAUUUAUGAGCAAAAUAAGAAAUGUAGCUAAAUAUCUGAUGGUCACCAUGCAAGAUCUCAGCGAGCCUCAGGUCAUGCCAGUCUCCACACAAGAAGCUCGACAUCUCAUUGAGCAUCACGAGCAGACCAUGAGGACGGCGUUCAAUGAUCCGCGACUGAUCUCACUCCAGAAUGAGGGCGAGUCGGUCAUCAACUGCCUCAGGAGGAUGGAUGCUCACAUGGGACAUUCUGAAGACUACAGGGAUCUGAUGGAGUCUGUGAACCGAUUGUAUGAUAACCUGAACAGCACCAUGGUGAAGCUGGUUCACAUCGCUGAUAACCGGCUCUCCAAGCUUGAACAUUGCCAGCAGCUCAGAGAGUUUGAAGAAGAGUGCACAAAGAUUAUAACCUGGACAGAGAGGACCGGUGAGGAAUCCCUCCAGAGACACGCCCAUCUCGGGGACAACCUCAAGGCCAUCCGUGGGCAGCAGAAAGAGUUUGACAAAUUCUACUUCUCUGCAAUGACCCACAUAGAAAAGGGCAAUGAUCUUCUGGACGAGGCUAGCAUGCUGGCUCAGUCUGGAAACUUUGACGAAGCCACCGGUUACAAGGAGCUGGCCCGCACGCUCAAAAAACAUCUACAGUCCUUUACUUCACGGCUGGAGGACACCCGGGAACAGAUUGAACGGACCUCUAAAUGUUACCAGCUCCUGGAUAGGACAUAUGAGUGGGCUUUAGAUGCUAUGAAGUAUGUAGCAAGUAUGAAAAUGGAACACUGUGAAACAUUGAGCGGACUGGAUAAGUUACUACGGAGCUUGGAUCUGUAUCUGAGGGAUCAUCCUGUUAUGAAACCAGAAACAUUCACGUACAUGUUUGAUUUAGCUGAGAAGCUACAAAGUGAAAAAAUGCUGGAACAGUGUCGUGUGGCCAAGGAGCGCUGUGAUGAAACACAAAAAUUAUUAACGUUAAGACAGUGUACAUUAAAACGUGCAAGAGAGAAACUUGUAAUGGAAGAAAGGGAGAACACUCCCUCUGAAAGCAGGAAAUCCUCUGUGAGGGAACUAUCUCCUGCAGGUAGUGCUGUGAAUUCUGGGAAAUUUCCCGUACCCCAGGAGUCAGUGUGGGAGCCUCAGUCCUCUAGUACCCCCCUCAGACAAGUGAAACCCCACCCUGAACUACGCAAAAGUGUGUCAGAUCGUUUCCUCAGGUCUCAGUUACCCCGGGAAGAUUUCUACACACAGGACAUGUCAGACCGUAUAGUGACGGCUUUACCUAAGUCCCUGAUUGAUUCUCGACUGGGGUCCUCCAGGGAGGAUCUCAGUGAGUCUGCGAGUGACAUGGCUAAUGCCUCCCCCAGUCAUACCUACAAAUCAUCCCCCAUUCAUUCAAUGUCCCCCAUCUUGGCCAAUUCUACCUCGACCCUGCCCUUACAUAACAGACCUCAGAAGAAGAUCAUCAAGCGCGCCCCCACCGUGCCCUUACCAGGUAACGUCAUCAUGGAGGAGGAAGACCUCAUCAUGGACCGAAACCGUCCUUUGUGGAGUAAAAGCCAGGAUCCACGCCCCAUCAGUAUGAUCACUGCCAGUUCUGACAGCUUAUCAAGCCUCCCUGAGGAGGAAGAGAACCAGGCCCCUGAGGGGGACAACCCACCCCCUGUCCCCCCUCUCCCCCAGCACUGGGCCCCUGUUCCUGUCAACACACACCUCACAUCCAUGCCAGCUGUAUCAGAACUUAAGCUGUCCAGUACGGAGAAAAGUAAAAGGACUUUGUGCCACAUCAUGAGAGAGAUGGUACAAACCGAGAGGGAUUAUGUCCUUUCCCUACAGUACGUCAUCGAAAACUACAUCCCCGAGCUUCAGCGGCCCGAUGUACCACAGGCUCUGAGGGGGAAGGGCAGCAUCAUUUUUGGGAACAUUGAGAAGAUUUAUCAGUUCCACCGUCAGUACUUCCUGAGGGAGGUGGAGCGGUGUGAGAGAAACCCAUUCCAAAUCUCACAUUACUUCCUCAUGCAUGAGGCACAAUUUUACCUCUAUGCUCUCUACAACAAAAACAAACCAAAGUCUGAUAUGUUGAUGGCAGAGUAUGGGAAACACUUCUUCAAGGAUAAACAGGCAAAAUUAGGGGACAGGAUGGACCUAGGCAGUUAUCUGCUGAAGCCAGUACAGAGAAUGGGGAAAUAUGCCCUCCUACUGAAACAGAUCAUGAAGGAAUGUCCCCCAUCAGACCAAGAAUUCCAGGAUCUCAGGGCAGCUGAACAAAUGGUCAAGUUCCAACUACGCCAUGGAAAUGAUCUCCUAGCUAUGGACUCCCUGAGAGAAUGUGAUGUAAAUCUGCAAGAGCAAGGGAGGUUACUGCGACAAGAUGAGUUUAUUGUUUGGCAGGGGAGAAAGAAAUCCUUACGCCAUGUUUUCCUGUUUGAAGAUCUUAUUCUGUUCAGUAAAACAAGGAGGGGUAGAAAUGGGGGACCAGACAGCUAUCUCUACAAAUUUUCCUUAAAGAUGGCAGAAGUGGGACUGACAGAGAAUUACGGGGACACAGGAUACAAGUUUGAGAUCUGGUUCCGUAAGAGGUCACGGGGGAGCUACAUCCUGCAGGCCCAGAGCUCUGACGUCAGGCAUCACUGGGUGAAGGAAAUCUCUAGAGUAUUGUGGAAUCAAGCCAUUAAAAACAGGGAAAAGCAUAUGUCUGAGAUGGCUACAAUGGGAAUAGGAAACAAACCAUGUUUGGAAAUCAAACCAAGUGCAAACCAGAUUAACGAUCGAUUUAUUAAUGUGGCAUCUGGCAACUUCCAGUCACGUACAAGGAACUCCAUAGCUGUAUCCUCCUUUGAUCACAUGUACCAGAACAACAAACGCCCCCACUCCAUCAUCUCUGUCAGCAGUACCUCCUCCUCUAGUAGUAGCCACUCGGGGGCCUUCUACCCCCAGCACCUGACCCAGGACAGCUCCAGGACCAACUAUCUCUCCAAUGAAAGUGGGAUAGGAACAGAUAUUUCAUCAGGAGAGGACCAUGGAGCUAAAUAUUAUGACCAAUCAGAAAGAGGCAUAAUGCUUACAAAAGAACCAAUGAUCAAUAAGUCAGAACUGUUUAGUGACACCAUAAGCACGGAUGUGUGAGGGAAUCUGGAUUUGUUCUUAGUUUUCACCAAAAGGAAAGAAGAUUCUUAAAAAUCCAAAUUGCAUAAAUUGUGCAAUAAAAAGGCACAGAGCCAUGGAGAAAUACACUGGUGCCAAAAGAUACAGUUCCUGACUAAAAUCAUCUCUAACUGAACCAGUUGAGACUUUUACAUGUGUAAACUGAUACAGUUGGUUUUGAAUUAAAACAUCAGAUACUAUUUUCAGUAUGAACUGCGAUAGCUAAUUUUGGACUUAAUGCAUAACAAGAAGGGUUUUCUUUUGUCAGUUUCGUUUUUUCGUCGUGGCUAAAGGUGAUCCAAUAUGAACAUGCAUAGAAUCCAUAAAAAAAAGCACAUGCAUCAGCUUACUGGAGGCUUCUAUAAGCUGUAGAUUCUGUUAGUUAGUGGGAGCAUUCAUUUGACAUGGGAACAAAUAAAUUUCUUUGGAGUUUUCAUAAGACCAUUGGAAAUAGGAAGAUUUAAAACUCAGUUGAGUCCUAACUCUACAAAAGUACAUUGAUACUGCUGAAUAAGGUGCUAUAUUUGUCAUUGUUUUCAUCAUCUUUGUUAUAGGAUUAGGUUGUAUUACUUAAAACAAAGAGAACAGAUCUGUAGUAGCAUUUUAUUUGCUUGUUUGAACAAAUUUCACUAGUUCAACAGAAAAUUCACUCGUUAUUUUUCUACCUCAUCCAUUUUAUAGACAGACAUACAGACACUGAAGGAAUCAAUUUGUCAUUUAUUUUGUAUGGCCAUAAUGACUGCUUGUUUGUGUAUUACAUACUUUAUUAUGGCAGUUGUACAGUGUUGUUGUUAUUUAUUAUCAAUGUAAUAUUUUAUAUUUCAAGAUUAACAUUAUUUAAUCAAUACUUAUGCAUUUGCCAAAAUAAUAAUUGUACAAAUUAUAUCAAAUAAAUAUUUAAAAACUUGUACAAUA